GGUUAAUCGUUGGCAUGGAAAUUGCUUGUUCAACCGUCGCGAAACGGCCACAGAGAAAAUCAGUUUCUGUUAUACUUUAUAGUUGAAUCGACGCAUAUUUCUUAUUUUUUAACAAAAAUGUCGAACGAAGGCAGUGUAUCCCAGUCCCAAUCAACUUCAUCAGAUUCUUCCAGUCAAUUAUCAUUUUUUCAAGACAAUAUCAUCGAUUUGGCCCUUUUGGAUAAUUCAAGUUUUACGAGAAGUGGAACAGUGGUCCGUAGAGCGACUAUACCUUUUAGAAAAGAGAGGAUGGAGUCUAGCAGUACAGAAGAUGAUGAAACGACAUCUGCUAUUGAAAAAUACCGCAAAGAACCUCAAUAUAGACAUAGCCUGUCGGCUAUUUCUGAACGUAGAAGUCGUAGAAAUUUAUUGUCCAAUGAAUCUGGGAAAAACAUGCAUAGGCAUUCUACAGAAAGUCCUGACUGCGUUAGAAAAACCAUAAGCGACUGUAAAGAAGAAAAAUUUGAUCAUUCUUCUACUAGCAAUAGCUACCUUAGUUGGAUCGAAAGCGUUAACAGCGAUUAUUUUGGAAGUACUAUUUCAAAUGUUCCAGCUCAAGAUGUCGAAAGCAAAGUAGGUGAAUGGAACAAUUUUUGGUUAAAUUACAGUAACGCUAGUCUAAGGCGUUUAUCUACUGAACUGACCUUUAGUUCAGACGGUGCAAAUCAAUCCGUAGAUGAAUCUGAGGAACGAAAAAGUCCAGAGAGCACACAAAAAGACGGUACCGAUAAAAAUUCUACGGAAUGUGUCAUGUUAACUAUGGAAGAGUUGCAAGAGACUUUAAGAUGUUCUCAAAGAAUAGUUGAUAUUAUGCAAAAUGCUAUGAAAAGGAGUGAAAUUGAUGAAAUUUCUAAUGAGUCAUAUUAUUCGCAACAAAUUUCUUUAAAGAACUCAAUCUUAGAUGAUAUGCCGUCAGCAAGAGAACGAUCAAUUUCUUGCAUCGAUUCUCACACUUUACAAAGACAAAAACAGGUUGAUUCUUCUCAACAACAAUCGUCGAGUACCAGUUGUAUCGAAGCGAUUUUGAAUACCGGAGUGGCAGAUAUUUUCAAAAAAGUUAUGUCCAAACGACGAGAAGCUGCUGCUUCAGAAUCUGAAGCAACGAUUAGUUUUCCUGAGUGGACUGGACGUUAAAAGUGGAUUUUAAUAGUUAAGGCCCAAUAUCAGUUUUUAGUGAUACCUACUCCUCCU